AUGAAAAUAAUUAUACAAAUCUUGUGCUUCUUUCUGUUUAUAACCUUGUACAAGUGUGCAGUGAUCACAGGGGCCUGUGAAAGAGAUCUCCAGUGCGGAGGUGGGACAUGCUGCGCCAUCAGCUUGUGGCUUCGUGGGCUCCGGAUGUGCACUCCAUUAGGGCAAGAGGGAGACGAAUGCCACCCCAUCAGUCAUAAGGUCCCUUUCUUUGGAAAAAGGCAACAUCACACCUGUCCAUGUUUGCCAAACUUCAUAUGUUCCAAAUUCAAUGAUGGCCGAUACCGAUGUUCAAUAGACUUCAAGAACAUGGACUUUUAA